GUACAUUCCCAGAAUCAUGUAAGAAUGCUGCUCAGAAAAAUCACUUUAGGACCCGUAAUGAUCACAAAAAAUCCAUGCCAUGUAGCCGGAGAUGUGAGAAUGUUUACGGCUGUUUAUCAACCAGCAUUGGCACAUCUCUUCGAUGUGGUUGUGUUUCCCAGACAUGGACCCCGCCCACAUCCGGACGAGAUGGCUGGUAGCGACCUAGAUGGUGAUGAGUAUUCCGUGAUAUUCGAUCCAGAUAUCCACUUCGACCAUAAUGAAGAGGCAAUGACGCUUGUUCAGACUGACGAUAUGGUCGACUUUUUCCUGAAAUAUCUAAGACAGGACUCUAUUGGCAGAAUGAGCAAUGCACACUUGAUUCUUGCAGAUCGAAAAGGAUUGUUUGAUGAAGUCUGCAAUGGAAUAGCUCGAAAAUGUGCUAUUGCUGUUGAUUUCCCAAAAAGUGGGGAACCGGCUGAGCCAUUGACAGUUCAUGAGCAAAGCGAUAUUGUGCCAGAUUACAUGUUCUCGGUGGUGAAGCCAAUGUACCGAAGUCCACGCCUCAACGGACAAAUUUACAGGUAA